AUGAUUCAGGGCCUCUAAUUCAAGGACUAAGCCAAUAUGGAAGAGCAGAUGAUUCAGAUAUAUGUGAAUGUGAAUGGCACUGAUCGGCUUAAUGUCUCAUAUGAUUAUAACUCAACACAUUUAAAGGAGACCCCAGAUACAUAUCAGUUCUACAUCAUCAGCCUUUUCCUCUCCUGUCUCUACACCAUUUUCCUUUUCCCAAUUGGGUUUAUUGGUAACAUCCUUAUCUUGGUGGUGACCCUAAACCACAGGGACAAGAUGACCAUUCCAGAUCUAUAUUUUGUUAAUCUGGCUGUGGCAGACCUGAUACUAGUAGCUGACUCACUCAUUGAGGUCUUCAAUCUGAAUGAAAAGUACUAUGACAUUGCAAUCUUGUGUACAUUCAUGUCCCUCUUCUUGCAGGUCAAUAUGUACAGUAGCAUUUUCUUUUUGACAUGGAUGAGCUUUGAUCGAUAUGUAGCACUUGCCAGCUCCAUGAGCAGCAGUCCCUUGCGGACAAUGCAGUAUGCCAAACUCAGCUGCAGUCUCAUCUGGAUGGCUUCCAUCCUGGCCACGUUGCUACCCUUUACCAUUGUCCAGACACAGCAUACAGGUGAGGUGCACUUCUGCUUUGCCAAUGUCUUUGAAAUUCAGUGGCUAGAAGUCACCAUUGGUUUUGUGGUUCCCUUUUCAGUCAUUGGCUUAUGCUACUCCUUAAUAGUACGCAUUCUUAUGAGAGCACAAAAGCACCGUGGGCUAUGGCCACGCAGACAGAAGGCACUCCGUAUGAUUGUGGUGGUUGUACUGGUCUUCUUUAUUUGUUGGCUCCCCGAGAAUGUUUUCAUCAGCAUCCAGCUUCUCCAGGGCACGGCAGACCCAUCACAACGAAGUGCCACCACACUAUGGCAUGACUACCCACUGACAGGUCAUAUUGUCAACCUUGCAGCUUUUUCAAACAGCUGUCUGAACCCAAUUAUUUAUAGCUUUCUGGGAGAGACCUUUAGGGACAAGUUGCGGCUCUUUAUUAAACAGAAGGCCAAUUGGUCUGUGCUUUAUCGUUUAUGCCAUCAUACCCUGGAUUUGCACAUCCCUGUUAGGAGUACUGAAGUUUCUGAAGUGUAG